AUGGCGCGCAAGCAGAAGGCGACGGAAGUUAGGCACCCGUCAUCGGACGUGGACGAUGGCGUGGGCGACAAGCUGUUCUUCCUGCGCACCAAGUACUCGUUGCUCGGCAAGGCGGAGUGGUGGUGGUUGAUGGACGAUAGCCUGGCUGAGAUUAACGCCAGGCUAGAGUCCGAGCACUUCGUCGUCAUCGACGGCUUCCUCACGGGCGCGCACACCAGAUCGCUGCGCGACGAGAUCCGGGACGCACACGAGCACGGCCACCUCGCGCCGGGCGUCCUCGCGGGGGGCAAGGCGGGAGACGCGACGCAGUACACGAUGCGCGACGUGCGUGGCGACCACGUGGGAUGGUUCGACGGCACCGAGCGCCUCGAGGGCGUUCAGUGGGACACCCUACCCACCGCGAUGAAACGAGCGGACACGCUGGUCAACCAACUCGGCGCGCAGCCGCGGUCCGAGCUCGCGACGGUAUCGUCCAGGUCCAAGGCGAUGUGCACCGUCUACCCGGGCGACGACGCGAGGUACGUGCGACACGUGGACAACCCGGACGGCAACGGCCGGCUGUUGACCGCGCUGCUGUACCUCAACCCGGAGUGGGAGGAGGGCGACGGCGGGGAGCUCAGGGUGUUCCGGUGCCUCUCCGGCUCUGGGGAGGCGGCGGCGGCCGGGUUCGUCGACUGCGACGGUAAGAGCCUGGAGAGCGCGGACAGCUUCGACACCAGGGUCAAGUCGGGUCAUCUCGGAGGAGCGACGGACGAGUUUAACGUCGCGGUGGACGCGCGGGACGUGGCCGAGGGCGUGAGGGACGUCGCGACGCUUCGCGGGGCAGGCGAAAACGGGAGUACCACAAAGCCUGUGCGACUGACGGACGUGGCGCCGCUCGGGGGCCGGGUCGUGCUCUUCAAGUCGGACGCGAGGGUGCCCCACGAGGUUCUCGCGGCGCACGCGCCGAGAUACGCGGUGACGCUGUGGUACUUCGAUAAGAGCGAGGUCACCGCCGCGCGCGCCGCGCCGCUCUCGGAGGCGGAACGCAAGGAGCAGGAGGAGAAAAUCGCGAGGGAGAUUGAAUUCAUGCGGCUGAAACACGGCGCGACAUCUGAGCCGGAGGUGCGAAUCAGGGACUCGCAGGAGGGCGAGUGGAGGGACACGGGAACGACGAGGCCGACGCCCGAUGUUCCGGGUCAAUGCUCUGCGGCGUGGGAAGAUGGGGACGUCAUCGCCAUCACGGUGCCGCUUCCGGCGGGGACUUGCGCCGCGGACUGCGGGGUCGAGGUGGAUACCUCUUCGUCGACCUUAAUCAUCGAGGCACCGGGCCUGGAAGGAAACGUCGCUCGUGUGAAACUACCCGAGGGUGCAGACGAGGACUCGAUCUCGGUGAAGCUGUCGAAGAAACCAACGAGGGCGCUGGUGGUGCGUGUGAGAUGCGAGCCUCUCGCGGUGCUGCCCACCCCAACCCCGCACACGGUUGAAUCGCCUCCACCCGAGCCUGAGCCCGAUCUGCCGCCGAGGACGGGUGUCCCCGCGACAUCGGCCGCGAAGGACUGCGUCGGCGUGGGCGGGACGCUCUCGUGGUCGUCGUCCACGGACUUCUCGACGCUUCCGUCCGUGCCUCCGCGCGAACCAGGCACGGCUCCGCGAGGCAUCGACCUGAGGGACGCCUCCGAUUGGGAGGAUUUCAUACAGACCAGGUGGGCUCUGGCUGGCAAGGAGGACGAACAGCCGGUGUUAACCCCGCACGCGUUGGACGGGCUGAGCUUCCCCGUCACCCUGGCGUGGUCGCUGCAGCAGCCGGGCGUGUCCGAGGCGUUGGCCGCCGCGAGGAAAAAAACGAGGACGGAUGCGACGAGGACGGAUGCGACGUUCGCGAACCUCGGCGACGAGACCGCCGGGACGACCCCCGUCGUCGUCGUCAUCGCGGGCGCGUCGUCGUUCACCGAGCAGUACCUGCUGGAUCGCACGAGGUACUGGGAGGAGGUCACCGUCGCGGCGCCUCAGCCGGCGGGUGGGAUCCACCUGGCGUUUGUCGGCCCGGACGUCGUAGCCGCGUCUGGUGAAGCUAAACGGCUAUCGCCCACCAUCACCGCAUCGGUGCACCGCGAGACCGUCAGGGACUACACGGCGAGGGUACCGAACGAUGUGCCGCUGAUGAUCGUCGGGUUUAACACCGGGAUGGGCGGAGGAGGCGGCGCGCUCGCCCGGGGCUGGGCGCCGGAUCUGGUGGAGACGUUAUCGCGAAGACCCGACGCGCCGGCGGUGUUCACCGCCGCGAACGAUUACGCGGACCUGAGGGGCGAACUCGCGGUUUUCAAGGCGCUCGGCGCGCGUUUUAUCGUGGAUCCGCGCGCAAACCCUUUCAGGGCGUUCACGCACACGAUCGGCGAGGGCGAGGGUGAGCCCGGGGUGCGGAGCGCGCCGAGGCAGGGCGAGAAGUGGAGCUGCGCAAACGCAUUCGUGUACGCGGUCCAGGGGUUCGCCAAAGGGAAAGGACCGAGCGCGGGUCUGACGGACGAACAGUUGUGUACCCUCGCGGCGAAGGCGGCGGAGAGGGCGGCGGGGGCGGCGUGGGACGCCCUCGGCAUGCGUCGGAGUUAG